UAAAAACAUUCCAUGAACUUUGAUCUGAAAUAUAUUGGACUUUUAGAUAACUUCAUUUCUUUUGAAUCUUUUUGAAUUGAAGGGUAAACAUUUUUUUACAUUAUGGGGCGAAAGGUUUUUGUAAUUGGUGUCGGAAUGACCAAGUUUGAAAAGCCAGGCAGACGUGAAAAUUUCGACUAUCCAGAAAUGGCUAAAGAAGCAGGGACGAAAGCACUUCAAGAUGCAGGAGUGUCGUAUAAUGAAAUCAACCAGGCUUGUGUCGGCUACGUUUAUGGUGAUACAACUUGCGGUCAAAGGGCUUUGUAUCAGCUAGGUCUGACUGGAAUACCAAUUUACAAUGUCAACAAUGCCUGUUCCACCGGCUCCACAGCUCUCUUGAUGGGUAAAAAUUUAAUUGAGGGUGGAAUGGCAGAGUGUGUGCUGUGUUUAGGUUUUGAGAAAAUGGAGCGAGGUUCAUUACAGUUCAAAUAUACUGAUAGAACAAGUCCUAUGGAUAAACAUGUCGAAGUGAUGACCCAACUGAGAGAUUUUGAAUCCGGGCCUAUUACAGCUCAGAUGUUUGGAAAUGCCGGCCGUGAACAUAUGGAGAAAUAUUCCACCAAACCAGAACAUUUUGCAAAAAUUGCCUACAAAAAUCAUAAACAUUCCGUUAACAAUCCUUAUUCCCAGUUCAGAGACGAAUACACGCUAGACCAAGUUAAGGCAGCACCAAAAAUCCACGAGCCAUUGACCAAAUUACAGUGCUGUCCAACAUCAGAUGGUUCCGCUUGUGCCAUAUUGGCCAGUCAAGAUUUCGUGGAGAAGCAUAACCUACAGAGUCAGGCGGUUGAAAUUGUUGCUAUGGAAAUGGCUACAGAUUUACCCAGUGUGUUCCAAGAUAGAAGUUGUAUGCAAAUUGUUGGUUAUGAUAUGUCAAAACUAGCUGCUGACAAGGCAUUCGCUAAAGCAGGUUUUGAGAGAAAUGCUGUUGAUGUUAUUGAAUUACACGAUUGUUUCUCAGCCAAUGAAUUAAUAACCUAUGAAGCCCUAGGCUUGUGUGAACCAGGAAAAGCUGGAGAAUUCAUCGACAGGGGAGAUAAUACCUAUGGUGGAAAGUAUGUUGUCAAUCCUAGUGGUGGUCUAUUGUCUAAAGGUCACCCAUUGGGAGCUACAGGAUUAGCCCAGUGUGCUGAACUCUCCUGGCAGCUACGAGGCCAAGCAGAUAAACGCCAGGUGAAAGGAGCAAAAGUUGGAUUACAACAUAAUAUUGGUCUAGGUGGAGCUGCAGUUGUAUCAUUAUAUCGUCUUGGUUACCCAAGGGAAAAUCGUUUACAAGCUGCCAAUGUCAGUGCUAGCUCUGAAAACGAUUUCAAAUCAAAAGAAGUUUUCAAAGAGAUUGGAAGUCAUUUAGAAAAAGAUGGAGCAAAUAUUGUGAAGAAAAUGAAUGGUAUAUUUUGCUUUAAUGUUAAAAAUGGUGCAGGGCAGACAGGAACUUGGUAUGUAGAUGCUAAAAAUGGAAAAGGGUCGGUUACUUUUGGUGGGGACAAGAAAGCUGAUGUUACAUUGUCAAUGAAUGAUGAUGACCUAUUAAAAUUGAUGACUGGUAAACUGAAUCCACAGACAGCUUUCUUUCAAGGAAAAUUAAAAUUUAAAGGCAACAUGGCACUGGCUAUGAAAUUAAAAGAAAUUCAGCCAAAAGCUGGCAACUCUAAACUUUAAGCUUUAUUUAAAUUAUGUUUCGCAAAUCAGUAUUUUAUUAACUUUGUGUGCUUCAGUGUAAUUUCUAUAUUUUACGACAACUUUAAUUUGUAAGACUGGGGACCAGGUGUAACCCUCAUAAAAAUAAACAGAACAAAAUUCCAGCUUCUACAGAUUCAGACUUUUUAUAUUGUUGAUUAUUUUUGUAAACCUUUUACUCAAGAUCUAUUUGUGUAGUUAGCAAGUCAGGGCCUUGUUUCUAAUGGAACACCUGAUCACUCUGCAACUCGGUGUGUCAACUCUGCAUCACUUUUUGAGGAUCCACAUAAUUAAGGAUGUCUAUUUGGUAUUCUUGCUUUACAUCUUUCAUACUUGUUAAUUGAAAAACAUAUUAAGAGAUGAAUUGUUCAUGUUAGUGUAAUAAUAUUAACCAGGUGUGUUCUAAUAUUUUUGUUGAAUGAUAUGCUUGAUGACUUUGAUUCUUCAUAUUGUAAAUAAAAUUAUUUAUCAUGUA